AUGGCAGCUACACGGUUUGCAAACCUCCCUGCCGAGGUUCGCGACAUCAUUGCCAAGAGCGAGGCCGAUGGCAUCCCCUUCUGUGCGCGCACCGCAUAUACUCAUCGUACAUGGGCUCGUACCUUCAGCAGUCUUCCCGAGCUCUUCAUCCAACCUGAAUCCCUCGAGGAAAUUGAGAAGGUCGUCUCGCUCGCCCGCCAAUGCCGUCGUCGCAUAGUCACUGUCGGCUCGGGCCAUUCGCCCUCUGAUCUAACCUGCACAUCGUCCUGGAUGAUCAAUUUGGACCGGUACAAUCGCGUUCUGUCCAUUGACAAGGAGACGGGCAUUUGCGUCCUGCAGGCUGGAAUCCGUCUGUUCCAGCUCAGUGCCGCACUUGAAGCCGCUGGUUUGGCGAUGCCUUCGCUCGGCAGUAUCAACGAGCAGAGUAUCGCUGGCGCCAUUAGUACUGGCACCCACGGCAGUAGCCUGCGCCAUGGUCUGGUCAGUGAGAGCAUCGUUGCCCUGAAGAUUACGCUGGCAGAUGGCAGGACAGUUUCUUGCUCUGCUGAUGAGCGCCCGGACUUGUUUCGUGCUGCAUUGCUCUCUGUCGGUGCCCUCGGCAUCAUAACUGAGGUCACUUUUCGCGCCGUGCCGGCCUUCUCGUUGGCAUGGGAAACCACCAUCGACUCUGACUCGCGCAUUCUGAACACCUGGGAUACAAGUCUCUGGACACAGAGCGAGUUCGUGCGCGUAUGGUGGUUCCCCUACACCCGUCGCGCCGUGGUUUGGAAGGCUGAUGUCGUCCCCUCUGAGGAUCUCGCCGGCGGAGUUAUCAAGUAUUAUGAUCCUCCUACCAGCUUCCAGGACAGCCGCCUAGGAUAUCAUAUCUACCACAACCUCCUUGCUCUAGCACGCUGGUUCCCCCGUAUUACCCCCUGGAUAGAAUGGCUUUUUACUGGACUCCAAUACAGCUUCCGCAACGGCCCCACGAAGCUUGUCAGGGGCGUCCAACCUUCUCACAAGGCAUUCCUGAUGAAUUGCCUUUACUCGCAGCAUGUAAAUGAGUGGGCCAUCCCUUUACAUAAAGGACCCGAAGCUCUGCGUCGUCUGGCCGCCUGGCUCAACCGCUUGCAACCUGGAGAUCCGGGCUAUGUCGACCACGGCAUCCCUUUCAGCGCUGAGGGCCUCUAUGUACAUGCACCCAUUGAGGUUCGCGCCGCCGAUUCUACCGUGCACACCAGUGCGGAGCGUGGCAACAGACCCUUUCUGGACAUCACACCUGUUAACGGUCCUGCGCUCUACAUUAACGCAACCAUGUACCGCCCCUACUUCCGCGACCCGCCGGGCGACACUGUCGAGCGGUACUACAAGGCUUUUGAGUGGCUCAUGCGCGAUCUAGGUGGUAAGCCACAUUGGGCGAAGACCUUCACGGUUGCACCAAGCGAGUUUGCGCAGUGGUUUGGAAAGGACUGGGAGGAUUUCAUCCGUGUGAGGAACGAAGUGGAUCCUCAGGGCAUGUUCGUUGGUCCCUGGCACAGACGGUACUUACUUGGUCAGGAGGAUCAAAAGGGCAAACUGGAGCUAGAGGAGCUCGGGUUUGAGAAGGAGAACGCGAAGGGAGGAGGAUAUACCGUGUUUGGACGGCAGAACUAG